AAAUACUAAACUUUCUGUGACACCUUCGCCUUUGUUUUGUGUUCAUUGUUCGACCACCUCACCUCAACACAGGCGGAACACAACGCUCCACUUCUUUUCUCUUUGUGCGAGAAGCCAAACCGCAACCCAUGACUUCUCCGGUGGUGGCGGAGGCCGGUGCCGUAGCGGCGUUCCGGUCGGUGAUGCUCCGGGUGCAGCAGGCGGCGGAGAGAUCCCGGUCCAAACCGGACCGGGUCCGGGUCGUGGCGGUUUCGAAGACGAAACCCGUUACUCUGAUUCGGCAACUCUACGACGCUGGUCACCGAUGCUUCGGCGAAAACUACGUUCAGGAAAUCGUAGAUAAAGCUCCUCAGCUUCCACAAGAUGUUGAGUGGCAUUUCAUUGGGCAUUUGCAAAGCAACAAAGUCAAAACACUUUUGGGUGGAGUUCCAAAUCUGGCCAUGGUUGAGAGUGUGGACAAUCAGAAGAUAGCAAAUUAUCUUGACCGCAUGGUAUUAACCCUUGGAAGAAAUCCUCUGAAGGUUUUGGUUCAAGUAAACACCAGUGGAGAAGAAUCCAAAUCUGGUGUUGAUCCUUCCAAUUGUGUUGAGCUUGCAAAACAUGUGAAAUCGAGCUGCCCAAACCUAGUGUUCUCUGGCUUAAUGACAAUAGGGAUGCUUGACUAUACCUCAACUCCACAGAACUUUCAGACCCUAUCAAAUUGCAGAACUGAAGUAUGCAAGGCACUUGAAAUGCCAGAGGAACAAUGUGAACUGUCAAUGGGAAUGUCUGGUGAUUUUGAGUUAGCGAUUGAAAUGGGUAGUACUAAUGUGAGAAUUGGGUCCACAAUAUUUGGACCAAGGGAGUAUGCAAAGAAACAAGAGUAGAGGAAGUUGCAAUCUCUCUCACCCUCUCUCUAUAAAUAGACUGUAUACAUUCACGCACAAAUGUCCUGAAUUGUAUUGUAUUCCUUUACCUUUGUAAUUGAUGCGUUGAAUUGAUAACAAUAAAGUUCAUAGUUGGUCUCUAUAACAAAGAAUACACAAAUAGUCCUUUUUCUUGUUUUCUUACAGAAUGCUUGUUCAUGCUAACUAGAGAAUGUGUGUGUGUUUGUGUGUGUGUGUGAGAGAGACAGAGAGAACAGCAAAUAAGAUGGUAUGUAGUUGCAGCAUGCUAUCAUCAUGUUUUUGGUUCCUGUUUCUGGGCUUAUUGUGGUUUAUACUUGUGCUAUGGGAUUUUUUUGAUUUUAAUAUCGUCAAUGUUUUUAUAUUUAGUAAGAAAUAAACAUGUUUUGCUUCAAAUU